AAAGACUUUGUUUAUAGUGUUCAAACUCACUAGAUGAGAUGACAAAGGGAUUUUUUCUUUCCCUUACUUCUUAUUAGAUCAGUGACAAAAUGAAGAGUACAAGGCACUUAAUGUGAUGAGGGAAAGGGGUGGCCUAGUUGCAAUUUAGCCCAAGGAUGUAGGACCCUCCCACAAGCCUACUUAUAAGAACUGGUUCUCAAGAAGCAUGGUCAUCUCCAAUCCUCCGAAAGCUCCCUGUCACUGAAAUUAGCUUUUCCCCUUGUCCAAUUUUGUGCUUUCUCCCUCUGCUCAAUUCUAACCGUACUCUUAAGUAUCAAACUUUAAAGAAAUCAUGGAAGGAAAAGCUAACAACAGUGCUCAUACCCGGGAUGCUUCAUUUUCUUCUUACAUCAGCGAAGCAGAAGGGAACUUUGUCCUCAAACUUGCAGGGUCAGUUCAGACUCCCCCUCCUGCCAUGACCUUGAGCCGAAAGACUGAGGAGGGCGAAAUCAGCGUCUUUGGUGCUGAAAGGUAUUUCAACAUGAUGCUGGAAGAUGAGGGUCCAAGAAUUGUGGACUAUAACACAAGCAAACAUGGGCAUAAUAAGAAAGAAAACAGAACUGGUCAGCACUACAAGCAACCAAAGAGCAGGCCAGGAACUCCAAGUACUUGUUCUGAAGCAAGUUGGAACAGCCAAAGCACCUUGUUACCGUCUCUGAGAAACUCAUCUCACAAUAAGAAGAAAAAGGUAAAUGGAAAGAUCAAAAGCUUGUCUAUUUUCAGCUGCAAUGGAUGUUCAGAUAAGAAAGCCAUUUAUAUUCAUGAGAUAAAUGCUGAGCAUGGAGGGCAUCAUGGUAAAGAUGCCAGGAAGCAAAGCGUUCGAAUUGAUAAAAAUCCUGUCAAGCAGUCUCAACCAAGAUUCAAGGACAGAGAUGAGCUUCACUACUCUAGCUUUCAAACAUCACACAAGGAAGAGCAUUUUGCAUUCACAAAUUUGAAUUCUAGUGCACAGAAAUCUGCAGCUAAAUCACAGUUGGGAGAGAAGAAAACAAAAGAAGAAGAGCCACGAAAGUCGCUGGAGGUGUUUGGAUCCCACAUGAUGAAGGGAGACAUAGUAGCAAUAAAUCUGGAGAGAAGGCUCUCCAUGCUAAGUUGGGAUGCCAUUCCAAAAGCUCAAAGCCUCUCAAAUGCUUCGGGGACAGGUCCGGUGAUCAAUGAAGAUGUGGAGAGUGAUGCUAGUUCAGAUUUGUUUGAGAUAGAGAACCUACCUGGCAGUGGACAAACACCCUUCACAAGUCACGCAUCUGAUGGAAUGUCUGUGGCCUCUGCCGCCCGGUAUGAGUCAAGUGAGACCAGCAUGGAUAGGAGUGUUGUCACAGCCAGUGAUGAAAAUAAACUGGCAGCAAACGGCGGAACACCUGAUCCAACAACCACUGGCACAGCAGGACUUGCUCAAAGGUUAGAAUCUUCAAUGGAAAAGGGGAAAGUUACAGUCUGAGACUGUGGCAAGAAAAUUACUACGUGCAACAUGCCUUUGCCUUAGGAGGGUUAUAAUCAAACUAUGCAAAUGCAUUACUGUCUUUGUACAUGCCAGAGUGAAUGCGCAAUGGAAUGAUGAAAUAUUUGAGAAAGUUUGUCAAACUUCCAUCUUUAUAUUAAUCUACAGCUAAUCAUUUGAUCGUUCUAAGUUUGAGAUAAGCUUCACUUUCUGAUUUAUCUUGUUUAUGUCUUUCAUGUCUACUUGUUGAUUAAAUAAAGAUGACAGAAAACUUUUGGUGGGUAAUAUUAAAACCAUUUAUUCAAAGAAGAACCAACCUUAUCAAGUUCAAAUUGACAGUCUCACUAUUGCCAAAACUAUCUCAUCAGAGAACAUUUCUUAAAUAUCCUUGUGUCACUCAAAGGCAAAACAGCCCAGAAACACUGAAAAGAGAGAUUCCAGAUUUUUGGGGCCAUUUACACCAAAAGAUUAAUGAUAGACCACAACCGACCUUGUCCAACAUAUUUUCUGACUUUUCAGUUCUAAUUUUAUCUUUGUUUUCUUGAUUUACAAGUGGGUGGCCAUUCAUGUUUUGGAUCUUUUUAACGACUUUAACAGAAGCUGCUUUUGGCAAGCCACCUUAGCCUCACUUAUGACUUCUAUCUUUAUAAUUCCACAAAUCUGUAUCUCAAAUCUAAGAAACUAAAGGCCCUACAAAUGCAGCUCAUGCUUGAGAAAGUGCUAACACUCAUUAGUCAGGUUGCCAUAAGCUUUCUUUGCAGCCCGACAUGGGCACAUUAUUGAGAGAAAAAGAAAAUAUAUUACGACUUACCAGAGUCAGAGAAAA